AUGAAUAUUUUUCAAGAAUUCAAAAUUGUGCUGACUCUCCUGGGGCUAUGGCCGUUUCAGCCACCCCUUCAACGAAACUGCACACGAUUUGUAGUGAUACUGGCUAUUUUAAGUAUAUUGACUCCAAAGAUGAUCAAAUUUAUAAAAAUAAUCCACGAUAUCGACAGCGCAAUUGAAUGUUUGCCGAUGAUAAUUGUUUAUCUUGUAAGUCUUACUAAAUAUUUAAAUUGGAUUUUUAACGCAAAGAAGGUAAUGGUGUUUUUCAAUAAAAUUUUGGAAGUCAAUCAGGAUAUUGAAAUCAUGGAAAAUUGGCUAGAACGAAUACGAAGUGUUGGUUCCACUUACACAACUGCCAUAUUUUCGAUCCUCUUGAUAUUUCUCGUUUCACCGGCAAUCCCGAGAAUAAUGGACAUAAUAAAUCCUUUGAACGAAUCUCGGCCUCUGAUAAAUCUGUACGAAACGGAAUAUUUCGUUGACCAACAAAAAUACUACCUUUAUAUAUUGAUGCAUGCAUAUAUGACCGUACCCGUUUCCGUAGCUGUUCUUGUGUACUUUGAUAUUUUGCUUGGGACUCAUGUUUAUCACGCCUGUGCUAUGUUCGAAAUACUCAGAUUCACUGAUGAAUUAGAAUCAUCUUACAGCACUGCUUGGCUCAUAAUGUUAACAUUAUGUACUUUUGUAAUUACUCUAACUGGAACAGUGGCAGUUAUGAAACUAGACGAACCAAUGGAAGCAAUUAAAUAUAUUUCAUUCUCAUCAGGCAAUGUUUGUCAUCUUUAUUACACUACUUUUCAGGGACAACAGCUUAUAGAAUAA